UCCCCCAACAUUGUUUAUCUCUCCUUCCAUCUCCUUCGCAUUUGUGUAUAUAAGCCUCCCUCCCCUACCACUUAUUCUAAUAUCCUCUCCAAGUACUAAACAAGUCCCACUUCCACCAAUCUCAUCUCAUUCUCAUCUCUCCCUCCCUCUCUCUCUCGAGCACUGUGAACUAGCAAUGGAGUUGGAGUCUUGUGUCCCGCCAGGCUUCAGAUUCCAUCCAACAGAGGAAGAACUUGUGGGGUAUUAUCUUGCAAGGAAGGUUGCUUCACAAAAGAUUGAUAUAGAGGUUAUUCGAGACGUCGAUCUGUACCGAAUGGAGCCAUGGGAUCUCCAAGUUGGAUUCAAGUAUGGUGACGAAGAACAAGCGGAGUGGUACUUCUUCAGCUAUAAAGAUAGAAAGUACCCAAGUGGAACACGUACCAAUAGAGCCACUGCUGCUGGAUUUUGGAAGGCAACUGGUCGAGACAAGCCAGUACUUUCAAAGUCUAGAGUUAUAGGGAUGAGGAAGACACUAGUGUUCUAUAAAGGACGCGCUCCAAAUGGGAGAAAAACUGAUUGGAUCAUGCAUGAGUAUCGUCUUCAAUCAACCGAACAUGGACCGAUUCAGGAAGAAGGAUGGGUUGUAUGCCGAGCAUUUAGAAAACCGAGUCCCAAUCAAAGGCAGUGCUUCAACAAUUAUGAUCCUACAUACUACAACAACAAUAUUCUUGAUGCACAGUAUGGACUAGAAUCACUUGUAAAUGUUACUAGGCCAACGCGUUUCAUGGAAUCCUAUCCGGGAGGCAAUCUCCAAGAACAACCUACUGGGUGUGUGGGGGAAUCAAGGAACACUCUCCUCAACCAUGUUCUUGAGCUUCCACAGCUAGAUAGUCCAAGCUUAUCGACAAGUUUAUCCACCAAAGAAUGCUUUGAGCCGAAUGUCGCGAGUGAUGAAGAGCAUGCGGUCAAGAGAAGCGACUGCGAGGGGCAACUAAUCGAUUGGAAGUUCUUGGACAAGUUGCUCUCGUCGCAGUUAAAUGAAGCAGCUUCUUCAAGUAUGCCGGUUGUUCCAGUGAAUUAUGAUGGAGGUGCUCAAAGCCAAGGUGAUCAUUUCCUUGAGCUGUUUGAUAGCUCGUAGUGGGGUGACUCUCUUUAUUUCAAUGGUUAUUGUGCUAAUAACAUGCGGUGGCAAGGUCAAGAGCCACUUGAUUUGUAACUAUUAUGACAUUUCGAGUACUGAGCAAGUAGUGAAGAACUAAUCUCAGGUUGUGUGGAACUUUCUUAGGGUGAAUCUUCUGUGCAUUAUUGUAAGCUGUGCUUCUUAAGCCA